GGGUGGGAGCCGUGCCUCGCUCCUCGGGCACAGAGGCUGCUCCGGGGGAGCAACAGUGACACCAACACCGGCGUGCGGUUCAGUAACGGGAACCGGGGCUGCGGUGAUGUUGGCAAUGAUGUUGUCCCUGCUACUUCUGUACAUCCAACUUCAUACACACUUGCAACGCCGAUAAAGCUGAAGGCUGAAGGCACUGACAGGAUGGAGCAGACACCAGGACUUUGUUCAGCCACCAAGCCAGCUGUGCCCGUGUACAUCUUCUGUCACAGAGCAUCCUAAAGAGCUCCACAAAGGGACCACUGCAAAGUCCAGGAGGAGAGAGGACUGCAUGUACUGUACACUGCUAUGCCCAAGUGGACCUCUGAGUGCUCCAUCUGGAUGAAGAGACAUAAGUGUCUCUACAAAUGUCCAGCACGAAGGAAGAUCCUGAUCCUAUGUGUUACAGGGUGGCUGAUAGCACUGCUGAAGCUUCUCCAUGUCGAAAGACACUUUUUUCCUUAUAAAGGCAUUUAUUUGGUUGAGCACUUCUUGAGCACUUCUUCUUACAUUAGAAACAGAUAUUCCUACCUUAGGAAUGAGUUCCAGGCUGAAAUCAAUUGUUCGUCUAUAUAUGAACAGGAUCCCCAUGAAACUGGCAAGAGUUUGGAGAUAAGAAGAAAAAAGAUAAUUGAUUUAUCUGAUGAAGAUGUCAUAGCAAUGAUGAGUGAUUGCCACAUGUACCGUUCACUUAGAAAAUACCACCUAAAACCUGUUUCUCCAGAGGAGGAGAGUUUUCCAAUUGCCUAUUCUUUGGUUGUUCAUAAAGAUGCAAUAAUGGUAGAGAGGCUCAUACAUUCACUGUACAGCCAUCAAAAUAUUUACUGCAUUCAUUAUGACCAAAAAUCAACAAAAAGUUUCAAAUCUGCUAUGAACAACCUAGCUAAAUGUUUCCCUAACAUUUUCAUUGCAUCAAAAUUGGAGACAGUUUACUAUGCACAUAUUUCACGGCUGCAAGCAGAUUUCAAUUGUCUGUCUGAUUUGAUGGUCUCUUCAGUUCCCUGGAAGUAUGUUAUUAAUUUGUGUGGCCAAGAUUUCCCUUUGAGGUCAAAUUUUGAGUUGGUUGCUGAACUGAAGAAGCUCGAUGGAGGAAACAUGCUGGAAACUAUAAAGCCAAGCAGUAGCAAAAGAGAACGGUUUACUUACCACUAUGAGCUUACAAAAGUGCCUUAUGAAUACAUGCAGAUGCCUAUGAAAACAAACAUUUCCAAGAAUCCACCACCUCAUAAUAUUGAGGUAUUUGUAGGCAGUGCCUAUUUUGUAUUAAGCCGAGCAUUUAUUCAAUAUACCCUUGAAAGCUCUCUUGCAAAAGAUUUUUUCGAGUGGUCAAGGGAUACAUACUCUCCCGAUGAACAUUUCUGGGCCACUCUUGUACGUGUUCCUGGGGUCCCUGGGGAAGUUCCAAGGUCAUCCCAGGACAUAACAGACCUACAAAGCAAGACUCGUCUGGUGAAAUGGAAUUACCUUGAAGAUCAUUUGUAUCCUCCCUGCACUGGUACCCACCUUCGCAGCGUCUGCAUCUAUGGGGCUGCAGAAUUAAGAUGGCUUCUGAAUUAUGGGCACUGGUUUGCCAACAAGUUUGACUCCAAAGUAGACCCUGUCCUGGUAAAAUGUUUGGCAGAAAAGCUGGCAGAGCAGCAGAAGGAGUGGGUGUAUUUGUCCUCUGAUAACUACUUUCUGCACAUAAAUUCUAUGAAUGCCUCACGAUAGCGGCUCCUUCUUCCCUGCUGUCAGUACUAUGUGCUGCUCUAGCACAGCACCGGCAGUUCCUCUGCCUUGACCCUCUGCAGGAUGUUGGUGAGCAAAACCUCUGUUCUGCACAAAGUUCAAGGCCCUGGAGAGCUAGGUGCCAAGCUGUUAAUUUAUGAAAAUUCAUGGCUCUCUGACUAUAGCUUUGUAACUUGCUACAGUAAUUCUGUAUUUGUUCAGACAGGGUGAUUCUGAGAGGGUGAGGUUUGCUUUUGGAGGCUCUGGUACAGUCUGUCCCAGCGGAAUAUUUUGCAAGCAUGUUUUACAUCAAGCCUGUUUGUUUCUUUCCUAAGAAGCUCCAGUGCAUCUGUCUGCCUGUCUCCAUUUCCUUCACCUGUGUUUUUCUCAAAGGUACGAAACGAAGACCUCUAUAGCUGCUACCUCAAGAAAACUGGAAGUGCCCAGCUCACAAGAGACAAAAACUAAGACACAAAACCAAGAUUUGCUUAUGGCAAAUAAGCCAUGUGGCCUCACAUGAAGUCCCAAAUUCCCUGUCUAUGAGACCUAACAAAAGAUUUUUUGCAACGUGAAUAGGACUGGAUGACAUAAGGGGAGGAAGAUCCUUAGACAUUGCAUUGUCCAUAGCAGUUUUCUCCCAGCUCAUCUGUGCAUUGCUUUUCUUUCUGUGAACAUGUGCUCAGGCAUUGUGCCAUGCCUACGGAAUCCGUGGUUGACUGAAAUUUAUGAAUUUAUGAACUUAUGUGCUGUUGUUCCUCAAAGGCAGUAUAUAUUAGUGUACCCAAGGGCUGUCUCUGCAGCCACUUAGGUAUCAAUGCCAAAAGAGGUCGGUCUUCAUUUCUGUCUCUGCCCAUGGAAAUAUGCUCCUGUGAAGUCCUCAUCCUCUUGAGAGAGUGUGUCUACACACAGGGGAUAGAUUUAGUGCUAAAUCUAAUUAGUGUUCAGCAAUGUGGUGCUAUGUUGAAAUGCAGAACAUGCAAAGUCUAGCAGUAAUCAUAAUAGUAGUAAUCAUAACCAUAAGGCCCUGUGUAGGUGUGUCUGUCUGUGCAAGUCUUGUGGCUCUGUGCCAGCACAAUCCCAGGCUGACAGGUGCUGGAGCAAGCUCUGGAUCAGCUGUGGAGCUUCUGUUCUUCAGCAUCUUCUGCUUCCCAUGGCACUGCCAGGGCUUCUGGGAGCAGAGUGGCCCCUCAGAGACUCUUUGCAGCUGGGAUCCCCACACUACAGUGUGAGGGAAGUGUUUGGUAAUGCAGGGCUCUCUGCAGAAACUCUUUCAACUCAAACAUGUCCUUUGGCAUUUUGGGUUUUUCUCUGGAUCUCUGUUCUGCCUCAAGUUCAUUUUUGUUGAUUCCAAUGGUCUCUGGGGGCUGACUUGCUCCAUGUCACCGUCCUCUUUCUGCGCAUCUGGCUUUUAUUAAGGGACCUCUUCUCUCAAAUGAAUUUGGGAUAUCUCGUCUUAUCAAUCCACAAACUGCUGUGGUAAUGAUCGUAUCUCGUACCGAUAAGAAACAUUUGUUUCUAGUUUAAGUUGAAGCCAAGUCAUUUUUUUUGUCUCAGUUUUAGUAUGUAAAUUUUAUCAUGGUCAGGUCAUGUGUGGCUUAAGAUGGGGUUUGA